UUUGUAUGCUUAGAUCGUGCCAAUUGUGCAAGAGAUUAUGUUAAGCAAGCUGACUUGUCACAAUGGGAUGGAAUUGUGGUGGUCUCUGGAGAUGGUUUAUUAUUUGAGGUAUUUAAUGCUUUAAUGACUCGUCCAGAUUGGAAGAAAGCAGUUAAAAUUCCAGUUGGUGUUGUGCCUGGUGGUUCUGGAAAUGGGCUUGCUAAGACUAUCAGCUAUGCAGCAGGUGAGCCUUAUGAUGCCACAGCAGUUAUUCCAUCAGUCUUAAGCAUUAUAUGUGGUCGUGUUGCUCCUAUGGAUUUAGUCAGAGUACAGACACCUACAGAAUGCUUUUAUUCAUUCCUGUCUAUUGGGUGGGGAUUAAUGGCAGAUAUUGACAUUGAGUCAGAAAGACUGAGAGCCAUUGGAGAGGCUCGAUUUGCUGUUUGGGCAGUUAUACGAGCAAUAGGGCUCCGUAAAUAUAAAGGUAAAUUAUCAUACUUACCUGUCCUUGGUUACAAGCCUGACCAACCAGCCAAAAUCAUUACCGAGCCUAAACCAAAGAGAAGCAAAACUUUAGAUUCUCAACUUGCUUGGUCAGAUAAUCCUACUUUGGAAGAAGCAGAACAGGAGACUUUUCCUAUUUUCAGAUCUAAGAGUUUUGGGGCAAAUGAUCCUGACAUCGAAGAUGAGAAAAAAACUGUACGACUUCUUAAAUUCAGUUACAGUGGAGAAGAAUUUGUUGAAUCACCACCUUUGGCUGUUAUUGGUUCACUAGUUGAUCAGCCGUAUGUGGAAGAAAAUUUGCAGAACAUACCACAUAUUCACUGUACUGAAGGUAGAGGUGACACUGAUAAUUUAGAAUUACAAAAAGAGGAGAGUGUUACAGAAUAUCUUUGUCCUCCGCUUGACAACCCAGUACCUGAUGAUUGGGUUGUUGUAGAUGAUGAAUUUGUACUUGUAUAUGUCUGCGAGCAGACUCAUAUUUCCACAGAUGUUCUGUUUGCACCUGAUGCUAAACUUGAUGAUGGUAUAAUGUGGCUAAUUAUGAUUAGAGCUGGUGUAUCUCGAGCGCAGGUAAUAUAUUUUUUGGCAUGUCUACAAACAGGAGAUCAUGUUCACAUUCCUUAUGUUGAUGUUAUCCCAAUCCAAGCAUUCCGUUUGGAACCACAUCGCACAGAUAGCUUUCUGACUGUUGAUGGUGAGGUCAUUCCGUGUUGUACCAUCCAGGCUGAAGUUUUACCAUCAGUUGCAAGAGUUAUGAGUCGCUAAGAACAGGGCAAAAUAUAUUCAACAAAUUUUUAUUCAAUUGCCAAAUUUUAUCACCUUUGUUGCCUUGGUAAAAUUCAUGAAAUUUAUUAAAUAGAGUUUCAUGUUGA